GAACUGUCGACCGGAUCUUCAAGCGUCGAUAUGGCGGCCAAGAAGGACGACAGCGCCCGGUCGCCGGAAGUGACGUCGACCAAGGAGACGCCCGUGACGGCCUGGGUCAAAAGCAUCCAAAAGGAAAAGACCGACUACAUGAACUUUGCUGCGUACAGCAAGGUGCAACUCGAGCACGCGCUGCGCGCGUCCGACCACCUCGGUGUUCCCAACGGACUACGGACGGCCAUUUGCUUUGAGCUUCUCGAAAAUGUGUCGACGCAUUUUGAGCGCUAUAAAGACCUCUUGCGCGCCAUUCUGCGCGAGUGCGAGCAGAGCGUGUACUUGGACCCGAGCGCGGUCCGAGCAAAAAUUGACGCCGGAGGUGCCGUGACGAUGGCAGAUUUUUUCGGGCUCCAGCCCUAUUUUGUCGAGCUGCAAGACAAGCGCAUCGAGCAAGCCCAGAUCGACGACGACAUCUCGAUUCUCGAUCGCAAGCACAGCUUUAUGAUGGACCAGCUCGCGACCAAGGAGUCGGUUUUGGAGCGCGUCUCGGAACGCUGGGCGCGGACGAUUCUGUUGCAGGCCUUUCACAAUUGGCACAAAGUGGUCGCUGACAAGCGCAAAGUGCGGUCGUCGAUGCAAAAAGCCAUGGGCCGCUGGAAAAAACGACAUUUAACGCUGGUCGUGCGCAUGUGGCGCCAGGUCAUCGUCUCGGAAAAGCAAAUGGACGCGCGCCGCCGGCUCUCGACCCUCACCGAGAGCGCGGGCGAUUGCAAGGACCUCCAGUUCAAGCUCGAGCUGGCGAUCCGCACGGUUCGAGACGAAAUUCAAGUGCUCAAGCAGUCGAUCCAAAAGCAUACGCUCACACAAUCGGAGCUCCAAGCGACCUUCUCGUCCUUGAUGGAGAGAGUGCUCAGCAGCCACGAACGACAGCUGCAAGAACUCUCGAACGAGUGGGGCCGUCUCUGCCUCGGCUUGGUCGACGCCCAACUGCUGCAUUUGACCAACAUGCUGGGUGCUGUGCCGUACGAGACCUUUGCCGACCCAACGUGCUUACUACGUCCGCGCGACGAUCGCGUCGACUUGGUAAAAGCCCCCGAAGACACCAUUGUGCUCAAAUGGACGAGCCGCUUGGUCCACGAACAAAUCCAAUUCCUUGCCAAAGUACCCAUGUCGACGAAUGCCAAAUCGGCAGCGGAGAUCGAGAUUGAGCUUUCUCGCGUUCAAAAUUUUACCACCGACAUGAAGGGACUGCAAGUACUCCACACAGUGCUCAAAGUCCUGCGGCGUAAGGUACCCGAGACAAGCGAGCUCUGCAGCGACUCGGUCUUGGACCAACUGCGCGCGUGGCGCUGUCCCGAGUACCUCGUGGAGCACAUUGAGCAUGCUGCCGACGGCAUUGUUCCCAGCGAUAUUUUGUAUUGCAUAUUGAGCUACCUCUUUUGCGAAGUGCCUGCGAGCUUGCGUCCCCCCGUGUGCCCGUGGCAGGAAGCGAGUGCGUCCUUGGACGAAGCCACGGCCGCGUGGGACAUUGUGCGCAGCGGAUGGCGCGAGCUCAAAAAACCGUUUGACACGUCGAUGCUCGUGGGGUUUACUCCCGAUACGACCAACGUCGCCGCGAUCGUCGCCGCCAACAAUGCGCUGCAAAACGCAGUGCAAAUGGUGCAGUACGCCUGCUCGACACGCGCGGCCAACCAGCAGCUGUACACGGCACUGUCCAAGCGCAUCCACACCAAGGCCAUUGACGUGCUUCUUGUCCGCGUGCACGGUGACGCGCCGUUCGUCAUGGCCAAUCGGCGCGAAGCCCGCGAACGGGCGACGUAUUCGACGAUUAAAAAAGAGACGCUGAAUGCGAUUUUGCAGUCGGACGUGGCCACCGAAGCGCCAAAAAUCGAAGCCGUUUUGGGCGAACAUUACGAGGAUCUCCAGCGUAUUUUCGAAUAUUACGCCGCGAGCGACGUGGGGGACGCCGGAAGCAUGUCUCUGGAUGAAUUUUAUGGGUUUCUCAAAGAUUGCAAACUCAUCUCCAAGUCGCUAACGCUCGCGUAUGUCAAGAAGAUCUUUCAUGAUAUCAACGAGGGCGACGCCAACACGGAGCUCGACCCGUUCAACCCCGACAUGGAAUUUAACGCGAGCGAAUUCAUCCACGCCCUCGUGUGCGUGGCCGAGCGCCGGCUCGGAACCAAAUCGACGCCGUUGAGCCAGCGCGUGAAGCGAUGUUUGUCCGACUUUGUGCUGGUCAAUGCGUGCCGCGCGAGCAUGGACGGCUUCCGGAACGAGAUGAACGGAAGCGCGUGCAAGGCGGUGUUUCAAAUGCACCAGACGCUGCUCGCGCGGCUCUACAAGCAGUACGCCUCGACGUCGGCGACGCUAAGUGCGGAUGACUUUGUCGUUUUUCUUGAGGAAUUCCAGCUGCUGCCCAACGUCCUCUCGAUCAGCGACGUUCAAAAUAUAUUUUCCAAAAUCCAACAAGACGACGAUGGUCUCGAUGGCGGGGAAGCGCCGAGCCACAACAGCGCGCUCGAGUUGACGUUUACCGAAUUCACCGAGGCGAUCGGCGCCGUCGCCUUGUACUACGAUCCCAACGUGUUUACGCCCAUAGCCACGCGCCUUGAUGCAUUUAUCGUGCUCCUCAGCACGUCCCCAAAUGCGGCAAAAGCGAUGUAGUUCAUUCCAAGCAGCCGCACGUGACACCACCUGUGACUCAACCUCCCGUGUCCAGCGAUCUAGUUAUCGGACUAAAUCGUAAAAGGCAGCUAGCUCGAGCCGUCGAUCGAAUGCUGCAGAGAAUAUAUCGAGUACCUAAGUACAGGACA